UAAUGCAUUUUCUGAUCUUCUCCUCUCACUGGUGAGCUCCUGAAAAAUAAAAAUAAAACAGAAUCGGGCAAGAAAAGGCAACAAUACUCUCAGCAUCUGCGCUUCACUAGAUCUACUAGAUCGUCUGAGGGAUUUGACCGAAUCAAGAUGCUGCUGAUCAUUGAAGCUCUUCUCAUUUUAGCUGCUCUAGGACAGGAUUACAGAGCUGCUGCUGAAGAACUGAAAUUGGAUAUGGCACUGAAUUCAGUUGAUGAUCAAUAUAAGGGAUGUACGUCGAAAAUGGCACAUCUGGUGAAGACAAAAUAUCUGCAGAAAGAAAUCUAUAACUCACCUCAGUUUAGAAAUAGUUGGCAAAUGGGUGAAAUGUUUGUCAAGUUCCCACAUGGUUACUUGACAAGGAAUCAUUUAAUCGCCAUUUAUGUGUACAGCGAUAAUUAUGUGUAUCAGCUUUUCAAUUCUGCCAAUCGUUACGGUAAAAAUCAGUACAAACACAUGACAUACACAUGGUAUUCACUUAACUUUUUGUUAACAGAUGCAAUACAGAUUCUGAAGAAAACACAAUAUGGAUGCAGGGUAACUUAUCGUGGUACUGGAGUUGAAUUUAAUAAGUAUGUUCUAAACAAAGAGGUUCGUUUUGGCUCAUUUGCUUCAUCCUCCCUUGAUUCUAACAUUGCACAAGGUUUUGGAUCUAAGUCUUGUUUUGAAAUCUACACUUGUGAAGGUGCUGAUGUGGCAAAAUAUUCUAAGUAUCCUAAUGAGAGAGAGGUGCUGAUUCCUCCAUAUGAGAAAUUUAGAGUCACCGCUGUCAAAACAAGAAAACAUCAGCCUAAUCUCUGGUGUAACACUGUGUUCACUUUGAAAAGCACUGGAACAAAAAGUGACCUGAACUGUGCCCUGUUCAAGAAACUACACAAGUGAAAAAAAAAAAAGCUCUGAAUUUAUCCACGUGAAUAUUUUUUUUUUUUUACUCUCUCUCUCAUUUAUUUCCUCUUCAAUAAUUAUGUGUAAGAAAACAGAUUUUGUUAACACAAUCAACAUAAUGAGAUUUUGUUAACACAAUCAACAUAAUGAAAUAAAGAGU